AUGGCAGAACUCGAUGACGAGGAGCUGGCUGACAUGGGAUGCUUUGCCUUGCGUCCCUUGGAUGAUGUCGAUGAGGUCGACGGUUUCGAGUAUAAGGAGGACGAUGGCUUGGAUGAUGUCGAUGAGGUCGACGGUUUCGGGUAUGAGGAGGACGAUGGCUUGGAUGAUGUCGAUGAGGUCGACGGUUUCGGGUAUGAGGAGGACGAUGGCUUGGAUGAUGUCGAUGAGGUCGACGGUUUCGAGUAUGAGGAGGACGAUGGCUUGGAUGAUGUCGAUGAGGUCGACGGUUUCGAGUAUGAGGAGGACGAUGGCUUGGAUGAUGUCGAUGAGGUCGACGGUUUCGAGUAUGAGGAGGACGAUGGCUUGGAUGAUGUCGAUGAGGUCGAUGGUUUCGAGUAUGAGGAGGACGAUGGCUUCGAUGAUGAGGAGGACGACGGCUUCAACAACGGCUUUUCCGACAGUGGCUCUGACGACAUGUCCGACAAUAAGAUGCAGGACCGCGAGCUGUCUCCAGAGCUCGGCCGUAGCUCUUUUGAUCAAGAUGAGCAUGUUGAUCGCACCGAGACCAUCAGCUUUGCUCCUGCGGUGUCUCAGUCGCAGCCGGCCGCCGCAACUCUCCAAAAGCCACGCUACGACCCAGUACGCAGAUUCUUGCUGGAGCUGGGCGUGCAGAGUUUUCAUGGUUUUCCGGUCUGGCGAAGUUGUCGGCGGCUGGACGAAGAGACGUUGUCGGCGAGGCAGCGAGAUUAUGUCGACGUCAGUCUCGAUGUGUGCGAGAGGAGGAUUUCUGCCGAUGUUGGGGAAGAAUGGUGA